ACUCAUCAAAAAUCGUAUCUUGCUAGAAUGUAGUUCUCUAUAAAAGCCCAAAUUUAUGUGUGCAUCUGAUUAUGUAUAAUUCUGAGUUUGGCGUGUAGAAGACAUCAAAACAAAUAAAUUUAAACAUAAAUAAAUAAAAAAAUAAAUAUUAUAAACAAACAUGGAUCUUAGUGGUAAAAACGUAGUUUUCGUUGCCGGUUUAGGCGGUAUUGGUUUUGAAGCGUGUAAAAUAUUAAUGACAAAAAAUUUAGCAUACUUAGUCGUUUUAGAUGUAAUAGAAAAUCAAAAAGCGAUACAAACCCUUGAGGCGAUCAAUCCCCAAACAAAAGUUAUAUAUAUGAAAUUCGAUGUUACUGACAAGACAUGCAUUAAAAAUACUUUUAAACAAAUUGUUAGCGUAAUAAAGUUCAUUGAUGUUUUGAUUAACGGUGCCGGUGUUAUUUUAGAUCGAAAUAUUGAACUAGCUGUAAAUAUUAAUUUGAUUGGUCUUAUAAACACCACCAUGGAAGCGCUUCCUUACAUGGAUAAGAUGCAAAAAGGGCGUGGUGGCGUUCUAAUGAACAUAGCAUCAGUAGUUGGUUUAGAACCCAGUCCAGCCGUCGCCAUAUACAGUGCAACGAAAUUUGGCGUUGUCGGUUUCACACGCUCGUUAUCGGAUCCAUAUUAUUACAAUCGUACUGGUGUUGCAGUUACAUCAAUUUGUCCUGGAGUAACCACAAGUCCCAUGAGUACCAAUCCAAAAAUUAGUGAUACAUUUGAUUACUCUAAACCCUUAACUGAAAAGUUUUUCUCUGCACCAAGUCAACCGGCAUCGGUAUGUGCCGAACAUUUGGUAAAAAUAAUUGAGAUGGCAGAAAAUGGAUCAAUGUGGAUUAGUAGUUUAGGGGAAAUGACAAAAGUAGAACACAAAGUUCACUGGACACCCUAAUUUGUUAAAUAGAAAUAAAAUAGAUUACUAACCGCCUAAAGGUUUGCCCUUAUUCACAAACAAUUUUUUUAUUUUUAUUAUAUUAGAUUUUGUAUGGAAAUUUUGUUUUAUAAACCUUUUAUAAAAAAGUGUUGUUUGUGAAUAAGGGGGUUGGUACAAGUUAUAUUACGAAAUUUUUUUUAGUUUCCAUUAUUGAUGGUGAAAGAUUAACAACAUAUAACAAAUGUGUUUCGUAUUUCUAGUUAUCUAUAACCUUUAUCUUUGCAAUGAUAUAAUUAAUAAUCAUUUAUAAUAAGCUAUGUUAUGUUAUUUAUUUUUAACUAAACUGAGUUCGCAAUAAAAAGUAGCUAAUUUUUA